GCUUUAAGAGCACCGGUAGGCCUACGUAGCUAUUUCCGGUGUUACACAAGCCUACAUUCCACUUCCAAAAUGUGGCAUGAGUCAGUUUUCGCGCGCUUUGUUUUAGUUUCGGUUUGGAAUCCAGCUUGUCAGCAUACGGUAGCUUACAAAUACAUGUAACAGCGGUGAGCGAGUGCAGUUUAUAUGAACGUAUGAACCUUACACGGUAGCAUUUUGAAACAGUAGGCUUGUGACAGAGCUUGACAAGAGAGUAUAACUGCACACCCCACGUACAUGUAGUUGUACAUAACUGGUCAUCUAGCUGGAAAUUGUCCAUUACUCACAGCGAACGGCCUAUUCCCAAAAAUGGCUUCACCCGACAUGCCUAAGGAAAAACGCACAGGGUGUGGUGAAAGUAUUGUGCUGAAUGGAGCACACAAAUGUUCUGGUAAACAAGCCCCUAAGGAUGACGACGACAAGCCCAAGGAAGUGUGCAAAGGAUGUGGUAAAAGUUUUGUGCGGAUUAGUAGGCACAAAUGUACCGUUGAACAAUCCCCUGAGGAUGACAACGAUAAGCCCAAGGAAGUAUGCGAAGGGUGUGGUGAAAGUAUUGUGGAGAAUGGGGCACACAAAUGUACUGGUAAACAAGCCCCUAAGGAUGACGACGACAAGCCCAAGGAAGUGUGCAAAGGAUGUGGUAAAAGUUUUGUGCGGAUUAGUAGGCACAAAUGUACCGUUGAUCAAUCCCCCGAGAAUGACGACGAUAAGCCCAAGGAAGUAUGCGAAGGGUGUGGUGAAAGUAUUGUGGAGAAUGGGGUACACAAAUGUACUGGUAAACAAGCCCCUAAGGAUGACGACGACAAGCCCAAGGAAGUGUGCAAAGGAUGUGGUAAAAGUUUUGUGCGGAUUAGUAGGCACAAAUGUACCGUUGAUCAAUCCCCUGAGAAUGACGACGAUAAGCCCAAGGAAGUAUGCGAAGGGUGUGGUGAAAGUUUUGUGGGGAUCGGAGCACACAAAUGUACCGGCGAUCAAUCCUCUAAGGAUGAGGACAAACCAAAGGAAGUGUGCAAAGGAUGUGGUAAAAGUUUUAUGCGGAUUAGUAGGCACAAAUGUACCGUUGAUCAAUCCCCUGAGAAUGACGACGAUAAGCGCAAGGAAGUAUGCAAAGGGUGUGGUAACAUUUUUGCUCGGAUUGGUAGACACAAGUGUACCGUUGAUCAAUCCCCUGAGGAUGACCACGAUAAGUCCAAGGAAGUGAGCAACAGAUGUGGUAAAGGUUUUGUGCAGAAUGGGACACACAAAUGUUCUGGUAAACAAGCUCCUAAGGAUAACGACGACAAGCCCAAGGAAGUAUGCAAAGGAUGUGGUAAAAGUUUUGCUCGGAUUGGUAGACACAAAUGUACCGGUAAUCAAUCCCCUGAGGAUGACGAGGAUAAGCCCAACGAAGUAUACGAAGGGUGUGGUGAAAGUAUUGUAGAGAAUAGGGCACACAAAUGUACUGGUAAACAAGCUCCUAAGGAUAACGACGACAAGCCCAAGGAUGUAUGCAAAAGAUGUGGUAAAAGUUUUGCUCGGAUUGGUAGACACAAAUGUACCGUUGAUCAAUCCCCUGAGGAUGACGACAAGCCCAAGGAAGUAUGCGAAGGAUGUGGUAAAAGUUUUGUGCGGAUUAGUAGGCACAAAUGUACCGUUGAUCAAUCCCCUGAGGAUGACAACGAUAAGUCCAAGGAAGUAUGCGAAGGGUGUGGUGAAAGUAUUGUGGAGAAUGGGGUACACAAAUGUACUGGUAAACAAGCCCCUAAGGAUGACGACGACAAGCCCAAGGAAGUGUGCAAAGGAUGUGGUAAAAGUUUUGUGCGGAUUAGUAGGCACAAAUGUACCGUUGAUCAAUCCCCUGAGAAUGACGACGAUAAGCCCAAGGAAGUAUGCGAAGGGUGUGGUGAAAGUAUUGUGGAGAAUGGGGUACACAAAUGUACUGGUAAACAAGCCCCUAAGGAUGACGACGACAAGCCCAAGGAAGUGUGCAAAGGAUGUGGUAAAAGUUUUGUGCGGAUUAGUAGGCACAAAUGUACCGUUGAUCAAUCCCCUGAGAAUGACGACGAUAAGCCCAAGGAAGUAUGCGAAGGGUGUGGUGAAAGUAUUGUGGAGAAUGGGGCACACAAAUGUACUGGUAAACAAGCCCCUAAGGACAACAACAAGCCCAAGGAAGUAUGCAAAGGAUGUGGUAAAAGUUUUGCUCGAAUUGGUAGACACAAAUGUACCGGCGAUCAAUCCUCUAAGGAUGAGGACAAACCAAAGGAAGUGUGCAAAGGAUGUGGUGAAAGUUUUGCUCGGAUUGGUAGACACAAGUGUACCGGUAAUCAAUCCCCUGAGGAUGACGACGAUAAGCCCAACGAAGUAUACGAAGGGUGUGGUGAAAGUAUUGUAGAGAAUGGGGCACACAAAUAUACUGGUAAACAAGCCCUUAAGGACAACGACAAGCCCAAGGAAGUAUGCAAAAGAUGUGGUAAAAGUUUUGCUCGGAUUGGUAGACACAAAUGUACCGUUGAUCAAUCCCCUGAGGAUGACGACAAGCCCAAGGAAGUAUGCGAAGGGUGUGGUGAAAGUUUUGCGCAGAUUGCUAGGCACAAAUGUACCGUUGAUCAGUCCCCUGAGGAUGACGACGAUAAGCCCAAGGAAGUAUGCGAAGGGUGUGGUAAAAGUUUUGUGCGUAUUGGUAGACACAAAUGUACCGGUGAUCAGUCCCCUGAGGACAACGAUAAGCCGUUGGAAGAAUGCAAAGAGUGUGGUGGAAGUUUUGUGGCGAUUGGAGCACACAAGUGUACCGGCGAACAAUCCCCAAAUGACGCCAAGCCGAUGGAAGAAUGCAAAGGAUGUGGUAAAGGUAUUGAGUGGAUUGGGGAACACAGGUGUACAGGUAACCAAUUUCCUAAGUACGACGACAAGCCUAAGGAAAAAUGCACAGGAUGUGGUGAAAAUUUUACCUGUCUUGCAGAACACAGAUGCAAAAGUGGAGAAGACUUCUCCUUCGCCGAACGCUGUGAAAUAUGUAAAAAUAUUACCCAGGGCAGUCACGAAUGUAAACCGCCAGUCACGAGCCUACCAGAGGUGUCACGUGAUCCGAUCUACAAUCUCAAUCCUAAAGCUGCAUUAGGCCGAAUUAUUGAGGAGGUCAAGUUAGACAAGGGAGAUAUCACAGACGGAGCAGGAUUUAUUAAGGAUCUAAUGCAAAACUUUGUAAAAGAUCUAAAUGAGCUUGACCCACAUUUCCAGUGGAAACUCCUGACAUCAGGGUCAUAUUAUGAAAAGGUCAAGGUUUGCAAGCCAAAUGAGUUCGAUCUGAUGAUUGUCGCCACGCCCCCCUGUGAAGCUCACUAUGCACCCUCCAGCCCAGACUACUGUUCUGUUGAAAUUGCUGAGCCUAAGCGAUCGGCCAUGUCGGAAUUAUUAACGGAUGGGAAAUGGUUGAGCCCCAAAGCUGUAAAAGCACACGUUUUGAGAUUGCUUCCCAAAGCUCUGGAACAAUUUCGUCUUUCCAAACGCUUUGCUUCUGAAGUGGUACAAAGUACAAAAAGUCCAGCGCUUAAUCUCCGAUGCACACGAAAAGCUUACCACGGAGAAAGCGCCUAUUCUGUUACUUACGACGUUGAUUUGGUGCCAAGCAUGGAACUUCCUACAUUUCCCCCAUUCGCAGCGCACAAGAAGAAAUAUCAGAACAUGAAAACACACGUUGUUGCCAAGACUGCUACAGAAGAAAUGCAGUUUGAAUGUAACAAGGACAAACUCUGGCGCGUCUCUUUCUCAAACAUUGAAAAGAGCAUAAUUUUGCACGCUGACCGUGGUCAGAUGACAUGUCGCAAACUGGUUUUCAGAGUCUUAAAGUACAUUCUGGAGAAAGCCAAAGAGGAAUACAACAUACAGGACUUAUGCUCGUAUCAUAUUAAAACGUUCAUGCUGUAUCAGUACGACGAGUGGCCCGCAGAUGAGAGUUGGUGCAAUGCUAGGCUACGGACACGCCUCCACCAUUGUAUUUCACAACUUCAGAGGGUUCUGACGGACAAGAAAUUAUUUCACUACUUCUUAACGUCUGUCAACUUGGCAGAGAACCUGAAGGAUAGAGAUAUUGACAGCUUUGUUCGAGUAUUGGACGAUUACAUAAGAAAUAUUUAGUAUUUUUGCUCAUUUGAAAGUGCCAUAUAAAACAAAGGGAAAAUGCUUAUUGUAACAGCUUGUGACUAUACGUUAAGACUUUUUGUUCCACAGUAUGUUUCUUAGAUGUUUGUAAAUAUGCUUACUAAAUUCAUACCAUGUAAAUCAUAUUGCGCGCAAUCGGUCUGGUUUUAAAGUGUGUGUAUAUUAAAUGUUAUGACAGCACAGCAUUCUGAGUAACUCUAGACAAGUGACAUGUAAUAAAUUGCAAUUAACACCACUGAUUUUUACCUAAAUCCACUGAAGCCAUGGUGACAGGAGGC